UAAAAAAGGGAGAGCGCAUGAUUGAUGAAAGAGAUGAACAUGCAGCGUGAUUCCAUUAGAUAGUAUUAGACUUCAAUCAUCUCUCAACAACUUCGAAGUGACACAUUCAUAUUAAAAACACACAUUGUUCCUUGUUUGUCUCUUCAGAUCUGAUUCUCUCUUUCAUCUCUCUCCAAUGGCGUAGCCUGUAAGAAACUCUCUUAUCUUUUUCAGCAACAAUGAAUAGGAAUCUCAGAGAGUCUGUUGUCGGUGGGAGGAAUACUCCGGCUGGGAUCUCUCAGUUUCGCAGAGGCGGUAACAACGGCUUCUCUAGAGAUUCUGAGGAGAAUUUGGAUCUUUUCUCUAAGAUCCGUAGCUCUUUCCCCUUGUCUUCUUCCUCGGAUCAGUCACCCGACGUUUCUGCAAAACUCGGGAGGCUCUCUGUUGGAUCCAAGCCAGCUUCUAGAGGCAAAAGUGGUGAUGAUCUCUUGUCCUCUACUGAAGCAGGCAAAAAUGAUUAUGACUGGCUUCUUACUCCUCCUGGAACACCUCUUGGGAACGAUUCUCAUUCAUCUUUGGCACCUCCAAAAAUUACAUCUUCCGCUAGAGCCACUUCUGCUUCAAAGGCAUCAAGGCUUUCGGUUUCACAAUCAGAGACCAGUUACCAUCCCUCACGUCCUACUAGAAGUAGCUCACUGACUCGCCCAUCCAUUUCUAACUCAGGCCGUUCACCAUCUUCCAUACUCAAUACUAGUUCAGCAUCAGUCUCAUCCUACAUCAGACCUUCAUCCCCUAGCUCCCGUUCCUCGUCUUCAGCUAGAACUUCCACUCCCACUCGUACUGCUUCUUCCUCAUCACGUGCCUCAACUCCAUCAAGAAUCCGUCCAGUGUCAUCUACUUCAUCUAUAGACAAACCCAGACCGUCCUUAAGCUCUUCAAGACCAUCGACUCCAACUUCUAGAACCCAACAACAUACAUCAAACUCACCAAACAUGGUUGCCUCUAGACCAAACUCUCGUCCUUCAACCCCUACUCGUCGCAUCACAUCCACUUCAGCAUCUCCAGGUGGACGUGUAGGAGGAGCAACAAAUGGUCGUACCGCACCUUCAUUGUCUAGGCCAAGCUCUCCUGGACCUAGAACCCGAACCACCACACCACAACAGGCAAUGAUUCCACCAGAUUUCUCUCUUGAUACACCACCUAAUCUCAGAACAACUCUCCCGGGCAGACCAAUCUCAGCAGGCAGGUCUAGGCCAGUCGCAACAAAGGCAAGUCCAGAACCCAAAGGUUCCUUGACAAGAAGGAACUCAUCUCCUGUUGUAAGCAGAGGGAGACUCAUAGAGACACAAGGAAAAGGUCGUUUGAAUGGUAAUGGACAGCAACACCACACAGAAGCACCAGAGCCUCGAAGGAUUUCAAAUGUUUCAGAUGUCACUUCACGGAGAACCGUGAGGACUUCUUCAACUGUGACGGACAAUAACAAUGGGCUUGGAAGGUCAUUCUCAAAAAGUUCACUUGAUAUGGCCAUUAAACACAUGGACAUAAGAAACGGGAAGAGUAACGGUUGUGCACUAUCAAACACGACGUUAUUCCCUCAGAGCAUCAGACAAGCCUCGUCGAAGAUUCAGCCAAUCCGUUCAGGGAAUAACCAUUCGGAUUCUGUUAGCAACAACAGCGCAGAGAAUGGGAAUGAAGCAAACGAGGGAAGAAGAUUGAUGGGGAAGUUGAGUGACAGGGACAUGUAUGAGAGCUCAAGGUAUGAUGCAUUUCUGAUGAAAGAAGACGUGAAGAACACAAACUGGUUACAUAGCAUUGAUGAUAGGUCGUCAGAACAUGGACUCAUGUUUGACAAUGGAGGGUUCGAGCUGCUUCCUGAGCCUUUUGCCCCACUAUAA